CUGCGAUACAGUGAGGAUCUUUUCGUAAAAAAAGUGUUUGAAAAUCAGGUUUUUCUGGUUUCUGCGUUGAACAGUUUGUUUAAGUGUACCCUUUAUGCCAACAGUGACGGACAUUCGUGGAAAUAAAGUGUACUCCAUGGCUUCCGACCAGGAGUCAUGCUCGGACGAGGAGCCAGACAGCGAGAUGCUGAGCGAUGACCUGUGCCUGCCAGACAGCGACGACGACAGGCAACCUGCCAGGAGUGUGCAGAGUCUGCCAGAAGAUCUCCCGCCACUGAACAACUGUAUACUCAGACCGCCUCGGAAGCUAUUCACCAACUGCCGCGAACGAUGGCGUCAGCAAAACGUCAGCGGUGCCUUUGCAGAGCUGAGGCGAUUAGUGCCUACUCAUCCGCAUGACAAGAAGCUCUCAAAGAAUGAAAUACUCAGGAUGGCCAUAAGAUACAUCGGUCUACUCUGCGAAGUACUCGAAUGGCAAAAAAGCCAUGGCUUAGGAACGAAUAAAGAAAAUUCAGGUCUAGCCAUAAAGUGUGAAUCUCCAUUGAGUCCUACCUCAAGACGUCUCCGACUCAAAAGACCGUACGACGAAGACACGAAGAGAUCCUAUGAUACUGAAUACACGAGAUUUGGGAAUGAAGAAAAUGAAGUAGUAUAUAGACGGAACUGUCAAAGGAGUUUCCAAAGUAAAACGGAGUUCUUCUUCGGCAAAGAACAUUUAAAAGUUUUGCGGAACCAGUAUUAUUUGCCCCCGAAUUGGAGGCAUAUGCCGUUCAGAAAUUUAGGUGAAAGGAAUGGAAAUAAUCUCUUGAUGAUUGCACCAGCUAGCAAAGGUGAUGAAAAGGAUGGUAAUUGUAAAGAUAAAGUUGACAAAGAAAAGUGAUUAAACUUGGAUCAAGCAAUGCAAUAGAGCGUUGCAGUGUUGCAUCCACAUCUUCAAAUUUGCUUUGAUCAAUUGCAUUUGAAGCAUUUUGAAUGGAAGACUUGAUACAUUAGUUCUAAAUGGUUCUACAAAACUUAAAUGUAUAAGGCAUAAAUGGGAUAAAGUUAACGUUAAGAGACAAUGUUGGCCUAAAAGUCGCUGGGUUCAAAUCGUUUUUAAUACGGUAUCUUUUGUCGUAUACCACUUGUAAUUGUUGUCCAAAACUGACUGC